AUGACAAUCAAGUCAUCACGUGCAUCGGCAUUUGCAUCCCCUUCACCUUGUUUUUCCAGUGAAAUAUCAAGCUUUCUCGAUAAGUUAGAGCUUUUGAAAAAAGACACCACGGAAUUUGUACUCAUGCGUACAGGUCGUGCUCAACUGGAGAAUUACAUGAAAAGAGAAUGGAAAGGACCGGAAACAUCAUUUGAAGACAGGAUUGAUCGAGAUUCCGUACAAUGGGAGACACAUUUAACGAUAGCACGUGAAGAGAAGGAUGUUCGAGUCAAGAAACGUUUGAUACAGUCUUCGGAGUUGAUUCCAGGAUUGAAAGGUGUCUAUGAUAUUCAAGUCGGUAGAGCAGGAAGACCUGAUGAUAACGUGUAUUUCAAGUCAGCGUAUGCUCGAGAAUGGUUACCACGAGGUAAUUGUAUUGCGGAAUGGCAAAUACAAGAGAGAAGGUACUAUUUUCCACUCAUACGUGGGUAUCGAAAGUUUACAGGUCAAGAAGAUGAUGGUGAAUUGUUGAAUGAAACCGAGAAUCGUAUUGAAAAGAAAGUGGUGAGUUUCUUUAGUAGACCGAAAACACAAAGUAAAUGGGUCAUUGCGACAAGUAAAGAGAAUGGUGAAGCGGGACAUUUAGCUGUGUUGAAACGAAGUGACGGAGAAUUUGUCUACGUACUUGGAUCGAAGAAUACGCAUUUGCUUGCACAGACAGUCGAAGAUAUUGAACGUACAAGAGUGAAUCAACAACAAACUGAUAAGAGUGACCCGUAUUGUGCUGCAAGACCCAUUGCCACUGCUAUUUUGAGAAAGGUGUUUGGACUUGUUCCGGUUCACCGGAAGCUGCUUUGUGAGUUCUUGUGGCAGACACGUGCCACUGCAUCUUUCGAGGUACUGUGUCCAAGCCAUCAACACGUACAGCUUUUGGACAAUCUGGAUGAAGACACUCCUGUCUUUUAUGGUCUCUCACUCAUGACCUUGAACUGUGUCGAGGGUGCUGAGAUUUGCGUGAAUCCCGUGCUGUUGUACGAGUUCAUGGGCGCGCUUGGAGUGCGCACCGUGACCUACAAAGUCUUUGAUUAUAAUGCCGAUGCCUUUAAAGCUGAGCUUGAACUGAGCAAGAGUGCUUACCAGCAUGAAGGAGUCGUACACUUGUUCACAGAUGCAAAUGCCGCCGUGAUAGGCAUGCAGAAGCACAAAAGUAUAUGGUAUGUCUGUUUGCGUGCAAUUCGGGAGAAAGCCAAGUCAUUUUGCCGCACGCUUCGUUCGUUUGAGCCACCAAAAGACAGCGCUAAGCCCAGGACCCAUUCUCCGGAAGAAGCGCUUCGUACAGCCAGAAAGUCGAUGCAAAAGCGCUUUACAGCCAUUACAGGAUUUAUGCAAAUAUCGGACGAAGUUGCCAACAAUUAUGAGAAACUUGGCGAGCAGUUCCUCGAAUACCUGUUCGAGAACGAGCUUUUUCGUGGAGUUGCGGCCAAUAAAGACGAAGAGGAGAAGUGCAAAAAGAUUGCGAAAGACGUUGCUAACCUAUUUCCGAUAGUAUGGAAGAGGUUCCUUGACCACACCGGUCUAAAUGAUGCAAUCAGCAAUACACAUAAGCAAAACCUGCUGAAAUUGAGUUAUAACUUGCCAAGAAAAUAA